AUGGAGCCUGGAUUCAACUGCUCUGACCUGUGUGACAGCUACUCCAGUUGGAACAGCCAGGCGCGGAGGCAGAGGACCCUGCAGGAUCUCUGCACGAUAACGAUUACGGCCUACGACAGCAGCAGUAAGACCUUCCCCUCCUCCUCGGCUGCCCUCCUGGGAGUUGUGUGGACUUUCCUCACCGGUGGAGUCCUGCUGGCUCUUUUCUUUCUUGUCUUCACAAUUCACUUCAGGAAGAACAGAAUUGUGAAGAUGUCCAGCCCCAAUCUGAACAUUGUGACACUGCUGGGCAGUGGCUUGACUUACGCUAGCGCUUACCUCUUUGGGAUUCCGGAGCAAAGUUUGUUUUCUGGAGUCUCAAUGGAAAUGCUCAUUCAGGUGAGGCUCUGCUUGCUGUGUGUUGGGAGCUCCCUGGUCUUCGGGCCCAUCCUAGGCAAAAGCUGGCGGUUGUACAAAGUGUUCACACAGCGCAGUCCAGAAAAGAGGGUGAUUAUCAAAGACCUCCAGCUGCUGGUGCUGGUGGUGGUGCUGGUGCUGGCAGAUGCCAUGCUGCUCACAACAUGGAUUUUCUCUGAUCCAGUUCAGUGCUUCCAAAGCUUCAGUGCAUCCCUGAGGGUGACUGACAAGGGCAUGACCUGUUCGGUGGGUAGGAUGCAGUUCUGCGUGUCUCUCUACUCCGAACUUUGGCUCAUUCUCAUUUUAGGGUUUAAGAGCAUCCUGUUGAUAUAUGGGACGUACCUGGCUGGUCUGACAGAUAAUGUCAGCGCUCCACCAGUGAAUCAGUCCUUGAUCCUCAUUGUUGGGGUCAACCUCAUUUUCCUUGCUGCUGGGACAGUUUUUUUAGUUAACUGGUUUUUCUACACUUGGCACAACCUGGUCUUUGGUUUUACAUCUGGAGGCAUCUUCAUCUGUACAACCACAAUCAAUUGCUUCAUCUUUGUUCCACAGCUCAGGCAGUGGAAAGCCUUUGAGGAAGAACAGAACCAAACCAUUAGCCACAUGGCAAAAUAUUUUUCCAGCCCCAGCAAGAGCUUCCACUCCUUGUACAGUGAAGAGCAGAUCUGCCAGCUGAUAGGGGAGAAGAACUCCAUGCAACGGCUGCUUACUGAGAAAAAUGCUGUGAUCGAAAGCCUCCAGGAGCAAGUGAACAAUGCUAAGGAGAAGCUGAUAAGGCUGAUGUCUGCAGAGUGCAGCUAUGAUUUGAUGGGCCUCGCUGUUCCUUCCACAUCCUUCUCCAUCUUGCCUCAGAACACAGGUAGCCAUGUUGAGUCCAGUGGCUGUGCCAUGGAAGCUGAAGGGCUGCAUGGAGACAAUUUUCCCCCUGGUCAAGAGCAGAACCCUUGGCACUGUCCCAGUCUCCCAGAUACACAGUGCAGUCCAGUGUCUGUUGGCAAACAAGUUUGUGUUGGUAUCAUCCAGAACCAUAAACAUGUAAAGCACCAAAACACUUCACCAGAAGAUCUUAGUUGCUAUGAGGCACUGUUUUGUAACCCUAUGGACAUCUCCAAAUACAGCUCUAAGGAUGUCCAAGAGCAAUGGAGGCCUCCAAACAACAAGAAAUGUAUCGACAAUCCACCAAUACCAUUGAGCCAGAAUCUCUCAGCAGUUGAUGGGAGAGCAGAGCAACCAGAGAGCUCAGCAGCAACCAAAGAGCAGCCCUCAAAGGUCAGUGAAAAGUUGCAGGAAAUCUUGCAAGAGCUGAGCAUUGGCGGCAUAGUUAGUGCCCAGGCAUCACCCAGGGGGCCUAGGCAACCCAGCCACAAUGCAGAACAUGAAAAGAGUGCAGCCUGGAGACCCUGGGAGGGUUACACAGGCAUCUGCACUUACCUUAGUCCUUACAGGACAAGACGGCGAAGAAGAAGAAUCCCAGUCCAUCCACCUUCCACCUACUUUCCUGCGUCCAUGACCCCACAAGCGUGGAGUCUCACAAACAAGGCAGUCAGCAGGACACAGAGCGGACAGAGCACUUGGAGCCGUCACGGAUUAACACAAACAUCUCUGGAUAAAGCAGGUGACACCAGUGAUGGAAGGUUCCUCUAUCAGCCAUCACCCUCCUCAUCAGUCAUCGACAAAAUGUGCAGCUUCCAGCUGAAGCAUAGGAAGAACUGGCCUGACGAACAAAGCCAUGAAGGGAACGGCCAAGUUUCAAACAAACACCAAGGCUCUGCCCAAGUGAAGAACUACAAUGCUCUGCUGUAUCCCCCCAGUCCCCUCAGCCUCCAGCAGCAGCAGGGGGAUGCUGGGAGGGACCUGGAACAACCCCUUGUGCCCUCCCUGUGCCUUUAUCCAGACUCUGAUUCCAGUAGCAGCUCGGAGGAGACGUUCAGCUGCUGCCACAGGCCUCACUGUGAAAUCUGCUUCCACAGCCCUGGUGACUCCAGUGACAGCUGCACCACUGACACAGACCCAGAGCCUGGCGGGUCCCUAGCCCACUGGGCAAAGCUUUAUGGCAGGCCUCAGCCCAUCGUGAACUUUAAAGAUGAUCUGAAACCCACGUUGGUGUAA